UUAACAAAUUUGAAAAUAGUUUGUAGUUUUGUUUUAUUUCACUUUCAUUAAAUUAAUUGUUAAAUAGUAGUCACGAAUAUUCGUUUUUGUUUAUUCACGAUGAUAACCAGGGGCUCACGUCAAAUAACAGUUACUAGUAACUCUAGAGAGCAUACAUUAGAGGUUAAGGAAUUUUCUGUUCGACGAUCACCUAGGAAUCUUCCAGCACAUUUAAAGGAAAACUGUGAAAAGAAAACUGCCGUAGAAAGAGACCCUGAUAUUAGUCUUUUACCGCCAAUUGUGUUUAAGGGACAUAUUACUUAUACCAGAGAUUUUAACGUGUGUGCUAACAUUUGCGAUGAUAUUAUAAAAGAUGUGGAGAGAUGUGAUAAUGAAAUAGUACCAGUAGGAUUUGAUUUAGAGUGGCCUUUUAAUUUUCAGACAGGUAGUGGAAAAACUGCUUUAGCGCAAAUUUGUUUAAACGAAACAGUCUGUCAUUUAUUGCAUAUAUAUUCAUUAAACAAAUUACCUGCUGCAUUUGUAAUUCUUUUAAGUCAUCCAAAGGUAAAACUUGUUGGAGUCAAUAUAAAAAACGAUGUUUGGAAACUUGGUAGAGAUUUUAAAGAAUUCCCAGCUCAGAAAGUUGUAGAAAAUAAUUGCAUGGAUAGUGGCACAUUUGCAAAUAAAGUAUUAAAUCGAUCUUGUCGUUGGAGUUUAGAAAAGUUAACAGCAUAUUUGUUGAAAAAAAGGAUUGAUAAAAACUCAAAAGUUAGAAUGAGUAAGUGGCACAUACAUCCUCUAAGUGAAGAGCAAAAAAAUUAUGCUGCAACGGAUGCCUAUGUCUCAUGGCUUCUACAUACUGUUAUACAAAAGAAAGCUGAUGAAAAAAGUACUGAAGAAAAAAUGAAUUGUCAGAACGUUUAAGUUAUCUAAAUGUUUAUAUAUA